CAAGAAUUUUUGCAAUUCAACGUGCUACUGACUGUGGUAAAUAAAACUUUCGAGCAUGUCGAUCUCAAACUAUAAAAUGCAUACCAAGGUGCGUUUACAACCGCUGGUACUGUUCCAAAUUAUCUCCGCCUACGAGCAUCGACCCAAAUUGGCCGAAGUGGCUGUGGGUACGUUGUUGGGUCUCCGCGACAGGAGUAAUGACACUAUUGAGAUAACAAAUAGCUACAUGGUGAUACACAAGACGCAGCAGAUUGGCGAGAUGGAGCAGGUCAAGCUGGACAAACAGUAUGCAAGCGAGAUGUACGAGCUGAACCAGAUCAACAACCCGCAGGAGAAAAUCGUUGGCUGGUACAACACAGCCAAAUCACUAUCCCGUUCCUCAGCCGCUUUGCACGCCUAUUAUGCCCGCGAGUGCGCGGAUGCACAGCCACUGCAUUUGCUGGUGGACCUCAAGCUGCGCGGUGGCAGGCUCAAUACGCGUCUCUAUUGCGGCGUACCGAUUGGGGUGCCAGGUGGCACCAAAGGUCUGAUGUUCACACUGCUGCCGCUGUUGAAGAUGGGCACGGAGAUUGAUGAUUCAGUAGCGCUGCGUGUAAUGCAGAACUACGCUUUGAAUCCGGCUAAGCAGCCCGGCCGCAUUCUUCCCGAACUGAUGUCUGUUCUUGAGAUCACACUCGCGCUGGAAGAGAAGCUGGAUCUGUUGUUGCGCUACAUCAAGGAUGUGCUUGCUCGUAAGCGUCUGCCGGAUAAGCGUGUAGGACGUGCUCUAUACGAGGCACUGACUUCGGUGCCGAUGAUGGAUGCUGAGUCAUUUCGCCUCAUGUUCAAUACCAAUGUUCGGGAUAUACUUUUGAGCAUUACACUCUCCACCAUGAUCAAGACCCAGCUGGAGCUGAGCGAGAAACUAUCCCAUCUGCCCAAUCACUAAAAGUGAAUUGUGCAAUUUGUAAGACGAUUCAUAAUAAAUUAUUAUCAACGGAGAGACUUACAGA